CGGAAGAUAAACAUUACAGUGCGGGUGCUGCAUUAACCCCAGGGAGUUAUUCCGGGGAGAGCUGCGGUGACGGACACGGCUGCCAGGCGCGGUUCGGGAAAUGCAGAUAGAGACUGAAAUGACCCAACAGCUGCCUGGUCUCCAGUGUUGCCUUCCGAUCAGGGACAUGUCCUGCGAGAACGAGCUGGAGGACCUCAUGAAGCAGAUUGACAUUAUGGUGAACAGCAAAAAGGUUGAAUGGGAGCGGCAAGUGACCUCCUUGGAGCAACGGCUGGAAGCCCGGACUGAGGAGUUGGCAGAAGCAAGACACGCGUUGGAUCAGAAAACGUGUGAGCUUGGAAUUCUUUAUACGAGGCUGGAGCAGGCGGAUCGAGCUCAUUGUGAAAAGGUGGAGAAUUAUGAAAGGCAGCUGCAAGCGCUCAAGCACCAGCUCUGUAAGUUGAAAAAAAACUAUGAAAAGCUCAGUUUCUAUAACUUGAAGAACCCGAGAGAUAAAAAUGUGGAGCCGCCUCCAGAAGAUAACACGAGCCAGUGUGAGAUCCGAUGGCUGACUCAGACGCUGGAGGAAUUUAAAGUCCGAUCAAAGGAGUGGGAAAAACAGAGGCUGAUGUAUCAGAAUCAUCUCAAGUCUCUGAGUGAACAGAGGAAGUCGCUAACUGAAAAAUGUGAACUUUUCCAGAAGCAGACGCAGAGCUAUAAGGAACAGCUUUCCAACCGGACGCAGCUGCAGGGCGACCCCAUUACCAAUACCCAAACCGAAAUCCGCAGACUGCGCUGCCGGCUCGACGCCUCUCAGGAGACCGUGCGCAGCGACGGGAUCAUCAUCGAAAACCUCAAGUCUACUGUGAAAGAAAUCACGUUAAGCAGAAACUCGCUGAAAGAUGAAAAUCAGCGACUCUUACAGGAACUAAAGAAGUGUCAGAAGCAUCGGCAGAGGAUGGAGAUGGAGCUUUCCGAGGCGAAGAUUGAACUCCAGGCGCGGGAUGACCUCUUGAGAGCGGUGGAAUUGGAUCAAAGGCAGAUACAGAAACGCGCGGCGAGUCCGAAGCAGUAUGAAGAUCGGCUAGAAAACGAGCUAAGUGUUGAAGAAGCAAGCUGUCAGAAGACUUACAAGAAUGAGGAGGAGAUGAAGAGAUACCGACUCCGCAGAGCCACGCAAGAUCAGAUUGAAAAUGAUCCUCAAAAGGACGAGGCAGAAAACAAUGACCUGGAAAGAUUGAGAGCCGAUGUCGCUGACCUGACUGCAAAGCUUAAUCAGAAAGACAUCACCAUAGCAACCGUCACCGAGAAACUUUCUCGCCUCGAGCAAGAGUUGGAACUCGGCGAGCUCGAUGUCGGCCAACAGGCUUUGAAGUUGGCGAAAGAACAACAAGGCAGCGCUGACCAUUACAAUUCAAAAGCGUGGCCCGAGAGUGAACGAUUUCCCAACUACCACAUCAAGCACAACGGGAAGGAGCAGCAGCUGCCGGUGAAGAUGAAAGCGGCUUCAGAGCUCGAAAUGAAAGCUCUGACGGCAUCCAACGCGCACCGGGACAGAUCAUUUAUGGAAAAAAAUAACAGCAAUAACCGAAAACAAAGUGCGGAUAUUAUGCACAACGGCCAAUCCCUGCAGGACGAAUGGGAGAUCGAUCCAAGCGACAGCGACUGGGAUUCAACCGCUCCGAGCCUUGAAAGAGUCCAUGAUAAUUUCCAAAAUGGCUGCCUACAAAAUGGCGACCUUCAUGAGGACAUGGAUUUCCCCGACUUCUCUUACCUCUUCAUUUACGAUCAACAAAAAGGCCAGACUGUGUCUUCUUCCACAGGGACGUCAUUUAUUUCUGCAGCAGAAAAAUUCCUCGAUGAAGAAAAUAGAAGAGCAGAAGACUUUGAGAAGAUCCUGAACUCCCAUAUAGAAGAAAUGCGCAGAUACUCGGAAAACACACUGGCUAAAUACACCAUCCUCAAUCAGAACAGACAUAUAUAACUAUUCACGAGAACGUCAAACA